AUGUGCUCAGAACACAAAGAGCUGCAGCUGGCGAAUGGAAAGCAUCGCUGUGAGGGGAGAGUGGAAGUCUUCUACAAUGGGACCUGGGGAACAGUGUGCUCUGAGAAACUGGAUCGCCAUGAUGCAGAAGUCAUCUGUAAGCAGCUACAGUGCGGUCACCUCACUUCUAUUGAUUAUGACGCUCAGUUAUUUGGAGAAGGAUCCGGACCUAUUUGGCUCGAUGAGGUGGAAUGCAUGUCACACGAGUCGACCAUUUGGCAGUGUCAGACAGACCCGUGGGGUAAACACAAUUGUGAUCACCGGGAAGAUGCAGGCAUUGUCUGUUCAGGAGGAAACUUGACGAAGGAGAGCGCCCACGGUGCAAAUGAUAGCGAUGGAGAAUCAGAUUCGGGUUUAGGUUUGCGUCUGGAAGGAGGUAAGAAUAACUGCUCCGGAAGAGUGGAGAUAUUGUUCAACAACCACUGGGCCACGGUGUGUGAUGACUCCUGGGGUAUGGCCGAUGCCAGUGUUGUCUGCAGACAGCUGGGUUGCAUUUCCGCUCUUACGGCCACUGGAGGGGGCAGUUUUGGCCAGGGUGAAGGUGAUAUAUGGCUGAAUGGAGUGAAGUGCACCGGAGAAGAAUCAUUUCUGUCCGACUGUCCUGCAUCAGCGUCAGUUCAACCCGACUGUAAUCACAAGGAAGAUGCCAGUGUGAUUUGUUCGGGGUCCUACUUGGCGUCGACGACUUCUCUGUCCACAGCUGCAGGACAUGAUGUAAAAACUACUUCCACCUCCAUUGUGAUCUGUAUAACACUCGGAGUCCUAUUGAUGGUCGAGUUAAUGGCACUCACGUCAUUGAUACACAGAAAGGCAAAGAGAAAAGGGGCUGUCACUGGCGGCAGGGAAUCGUCCAGCGGUUUCUACCAAGCCCUUUAUGAAGAAAUUGAGGAUAUUCUGCCUCGCAUGGAUUCCGCUCUGACCCAUGGAUCAGCUCUAGGCGAUUAUGAAGACGCCCAGACUGUAGGCAUUGAUUCUCAGGGUGGUCACUUGCUGUUGGAUGGUGGUCAAGAUGAUCUCUUCAAAAUGGAACGUGCCGACGUUGAUCUCUGAGCACUCGUGUCAGCGGGAACAUCACCUCCGUCACUAACAGUGAUCAGCACCUCGAGCGAGACAGAAAGGAGAGAUCAGAAUCCGAGAACUCUAGAUUGGAAAGUUCCAACAAUGUAUCUGAAUCUGAGAAAAACAGAUGGCGUUGUAACAAAAAUAGAUCCGAAUCUGAGGACAAUAAAUUGGAAUUUUACAACAAUUGCGAGGGAUUUAUCCUUUUGGAUUGUCCAGCUUUCCACAGAUGAUUGGUGGUUAACGUUAGAUCAUCGGAUUCGGUUCGUGCUUUACAUUAUAGAACACAUUUACUAUCGCUUCCUGGCUAUUG